ACUGUUACAAGUUAAAAAAGAAAGAGCAAUCACCACCUGUGGUAACUGCCAAAACAGCAUCAGUGGUAUCUGCAGUGGAAGAAGACGUUCAGGAAAUGGAGAUUGCGACAGUGAAUGAAGAUUCCGGUAGGAAGUUAGAAAUUCCUGACGCGCGUAUUAUUGUAACUUCGGUGAAUGAAAUUCCAUAUAAUCGAAUUCAAUUAUUCCAAGAAGUAGCUACUACAGAAGAAAUUAAAGAUAAAUCUGAAAAUAUACUGUCAUUAUUGCAAGAUGUCGAUACUAAUUGUAAUGAAUCAAAUAAACAGGAGUUAGAGUUUGAGGAUAAUGAUAAUGAUGUUGCGUAUGUAGAACCAAUGCCUCUUGAAAGAGAGCUAGAAUAUAAGCAGUUGCGUGAUAUUAAGUUAAAGAAUAUUGCGGAAAAAUUAGAAGUUGAGAAUAACGAAAAAUUUACAUUAAUAGAUGGACUUGUCUUUCAUAAAGGAAAGGAUAAACCUAGAUUUGUAAUUCCAGAAGUUAUGAUAAAUAACAUUAUUCGGGUAUAUCAUGAUGAUAAGGCGCAUUGUGACGUUAACAAAACCUUCCAAGGUAUAUAUGAGAAUUAUUGGUGUCCUUCUUUACGAAUGAAAGUGAUAGAUUAUAUAGAUAACUGUUUGACUUGUAUGAAGACAAAUGCAUCUAUUAAUACUCGCGAAGGCGAAUUACAAGUGGUAGAUAACCCUAAAUCCCCAUGUCAAAUUUGGCAUACGAACCUUUUUGGCCCAAUAUCAGAGUCAAUUGAAGGAUACAAGCAUAUUUUGGUAAUAGUAGAUGCGUUUACGCGAUUUACUUGGUUGUUUCCUGUCAAAUCUACCAGUACAAAAGAAGUUAUCAAACAUAUGGAACUAUUGUUUAACACAUUUGGAAAUCCAAAUAUUUUAGUAUCGGAUAAAGAUAUAGCAUUUGCUUCGAAUAAAUUUUCAGAAGUUAUGCAAAUUCAUAAUGUUAAACAUCGUCAAGUUGCUGUGGAUGCUACAUGGGCAAACAGCAUAGUAGAGAGAGUUAAUAGAUUUUUAAAAGCAUCUCUUGAAAGAAUUGUUGAGGAACAACAAUCAUGGAGUUCCGCGAUUGAAUCUAUCCAGUUUGUGAUAAACAAUACAGUUCAUUCUUCAGUGAAGGCUUCUCCUUCAAAAUUACUUUUUGGUUAUGAGCAACGUAGUCACUCGGAUAAUGAGUUGGUUAAAAAUUUAACUCAAUUAGCAGAAAUUGAAUUAAAAGUAUCGGAUGAACAAGAUAUCGCUAAUGAAUUAGCUGUAGAAAUGACUGAUAAAAUAAAGGAUUAUAAUAAAGCCAAUCAUGAUAAACAAUAUAAGAAACUAACUCAGUAUAAAGAGGGAGAUUACGUUAUGAUAAGAGAUACUGCGGUAAAAUCCGGAGAAGAUAAGAAAUUAAAGCCAUGUUAUAAGGGUCCGUAUAUGGUUACAAAGGCCUUAAAUAAUAGUAGAUAUGUGAUUCAAGAUAUUCCAGGUUUUAAUGUGACCUCCAGGCCUUAUAACUCUAUACUUUCCCCAGAUAAAAUAAAAUAUUGGAUAAAACAACCAGAGUCAUAA